AUGACGCACAACCUCGAGGCGGACCGCAUGUUUGACAUGGGCUUUGAGCCGCAAGUCAUGCGGAUUAAUGACGGCAUUCGUCCCGACCGGCAGACUGUCAUGUUUUCGGCGACAUUCCCGCGCAUUAUGGAGGGGUUGGCGCGAAGAAUAUUAGACAAACCCAUUGAAGUACAGGUCGGCGGCCGGUCUAUGGUCUGCAAAGAAGUCAAACAGAAUGUGAUUAUCACUGACGAAGACGACAAGUUCUUGAAGUUGUUGGAGAUUUUAGGUCACUUCGCCUCAGAGGGAAGUGCUAUAGUAUUUGUGGACAAACAGGAAAACGCGGACAUGUUGUUGAAAGAGUUAAUGCACGCCUCCUACACAUGUCUGGCACUGCACGGAGGGAUAGACCAGAACGACAGGGACUCAACCAUCGCUGACUUCAAGAAUGGAAAAGUCAAUGUAUUGGUGGCCACGUCUGUAGCGGCCAGAGGAGAACUAAAACCGGGCGCUGAGAUCGUGGUGUGCACUCCGGGGCGGAUGAUCGACAUGUUGGCCGCCAACUCGGGUCGCGUCACGAACUUAAGGCGCUGUACGUACUGCGUGUUGGAUGAGGCGGACCGCAUGUUUGACAUGGGCUUUGAGCCGCAAGUCAUGCGGAUUAUAGACGGCAUUCGUCCCGACCGGCAGACUGUCAUGUUUUCGGCGACAUUCCCGCGCAUUAUGGAGGCGUUGGCGCGAAGAAUAUUAGACAAACCCAUUGAAGUACAGGUCGGCGGCCGGUCUAUGGUCUGCAAAGAAGUCAAACAGAAUGUGAUUAUCACCGACGAAGACGACAAGUUCUUGAAGUUGUUGGAGAUUUUGGGUCACUUCGCCUCAGAGGGAAGUGCUAUAGUAUUUGUGGACAAACAGGAGAACGCGGACAUGUUGUUGAAGGAGUUAAUGCACGCCUCCUACACAUGUCUGGCACUGCACGGAGGGAUAGACCAGAACGACAGGGACUCGACCAUCGCUGACUUCAAGAAUGGAAAAGUCAAUGUAUUGGUGGCCACACUUACCAUCGCUGACUUCAAGAAUGGAAAAGUCAAUGUAUUGGUGGCCACGUCUGUAGCGGCCAGAGGUCUCGAUGUGAAGCACUGCAUAGUUGUCAUCAAUUAUGACUGUCCUAACCAUUACGAAGACUACGUCCACCGAUGCGGUCGCACGGGUAGGGCCGGCAACGAAGGGCACGCCUACACUCUAAUAACUCCCGAACAGGGAAAGUACGCCACGGAUAUCAUCAAAGCGUUUCAGUCGAGCAAUACCGACGUUCCGGCGGAACUCCAGAGCCUAUGGGAGGGCUAUAAACUGGAACAGGAGAUGAUGGGCAAGAAAGUGAAGUCCUCGUCGGGCUUCAGUGGCAAGGGAUUCAAGUUCGAUGAGGCGGAGGCCCAGUUCGCCAACGAGAAGAAGAAGUUCCAAAAGGCGGCGCUCGGACUCCAGGACUCGGACGAUGAGGACGCGGAGGACGACAUCGAUCAGGAGAUCGAGAACAUGUUGGCGCCCAAGAAGUCGACCAAAUCGGUGCCCAUUGUGUCGAACGCGACGACCGCUCACCAGAUCAACGAUAAGACUGUGGCCGAGAAGCUGGAGCUGGCGAAGCGCAUGGCCUCUAAGAUCAGCGUCAAUAUCGCGGGAAAGGCGUCGUCGACGACGGAGGCCUUCCUGAAGGGCGAGACCUUCUCGAUGGGCGCGUCGAACGCCUUCACCGCCAAAUCAAAGGCAGAACAAGUGGCCGAACGAUUGCACGCGAAACUCAAUUACGUGCCCAAAGACGUCGAGUACAACGAAGACGGAGAUAUCGUCCGCAAAGUGGAUGAGGAGGACAUGAAUUCGGGCGCAAACAUAGGCCAGCGGUUCGAGGAGGAGCUGGAGAUCAAUGAGUUCCCACAACAGGCGCGUUGGAAAGUCACCUCAAAGGAGGCGUUGGCGCAGAUCAGCGAGUACUCCGAGGCGGGCAUUACAGUGAGGGGUACGUACUUCCCGUCCGGAAAGGAGCCACAGCUCGGCGAACGGAAACUCUAUUUGGCUAUUGAGGGCACCACUGAACUGUCCGUUUCCAAGGCUAGGGCUGAGAUCAUCCGACUUAUUAAGGAGGAGAUGAUUAUUUACCAUUCGGAAAACUCCACAUCACUGUAA